UUUUUCCAGAGGGCUCAGAUGCAGACAGCGCGGCCAACCAUCCCCACCAACGCUCACUCUAUGCGGCCUGGCUCUCAGAACCCCACAGCGGCGGUGUACUCCCCCAACCAGCCCACCAUGAUGAUGAUGGCCCCCAUGCCCUUCCCCUCCCCACAGGCUGCCCAGUACUACAUCCCACAGGUGAGACUGACUGACUAGGCUGCUGCUACUCUCCAGCAGGCAUUCCUCUCCUAUUGCCCCACACUGCUUGUAACCCUUUGUUCUAUUCUAUCCCCUCCAUUUGUCUCUCUGCAGUAUCGCCACAGUACGCCCUAUGUGGGGCCGCCCCAGCAGUUUUCAGUGCAGCCACCGGGGUCUGGCACCUUCUAUCCUGGCCCUGGCCCGGGGGAGUACCCUGCUCAGUACGGUGAGUCUCAGCCAAGCACACAAACACCCCACCAGUAAUGGCUGUUUCUCCCUCCACAAAGCACACAGAUAGACUCUGUUAGCUGUUAACUGUGACUCUCUGUUAGCCCUUUCUAGUAAAAUUAUAUUUUAGUACAGACCCCUUCAAGUCACAGUUUGUUCCUCAGCUACAAAAACACACACACACACACACACACACACUGUACUCUGCUUACCCUUUUCUUCUUCCUCCUCCCUGACACAGCUCCCGGACCUCAAUACUAUCCAGGACAGCAGGUGUACCCCCCCCCACCCCCCAUCAUAGUGCCUACACCGCAGCAACCUCCACCAGCCAAGCGUGAGAAGAAACCAGUGAGUAUCUCAGCAUGCUGCCGUCUAGCAUAGGCCAUCUGCUCAGUGACGCACCAGCUUGUCUGUUUCCACAUGCAUACUGUGAGAGGAUAUGAGAAAUGAUCCCUGAUAUUUCUGAUGAGACAUUUCUGGAUACAUCAGCCCUUUUGAGUUACAUUAUAAAAGAAGGAAAGUAUAUGAGGGAUGACAUGGGUUGAUUUGGAUCAAGGCUGCCAGGAGAGUGUUUCUGUGUGUGGAAGGAGGGUUGGUUUGAAAUGUAUGCCAGGCCUUAAUCUGGCUGUAUAACACUAGAGAAGCCAGGCCUCGAGGGACCCCACUUUGAGCCUAUUAGCAGUCAUUUUGACUGCAACAUUCUAACAGUCUAAUAAAUAGAUUUCAUAUAUGCUAUCGGAACAAAAUAAUAUUUUGGUUGUGUUUAUGAAGGUCUUGGGUAUUUCAAAGAACACAAUAGCAUUUAUUAGUUUGUUACUGUAGGCUAUCUGCUGCCGCAUGCUCACUCGUGAAGCUCAUGGAACAGCGUUUAUUCUUUAUAUUUUGAAAUGGAGGUAAUCUCUUCAAAUUUGAGACUUAUUUUGCAAAGGUAAGUGUUGUUGAAACCUCAGAAUCUGCUCUUUCUGGUACUAUAUAGAAAUCAAAACGUCUUACCUGCAUGCGACUGUAGGAGGAUUUGAAAAAGUCACUUUUUGUCGCUCCAUUUCCCUGCCUCUGUCAAUUACAAUAUACAGUUUGACAAUUCAUAAUUGUCAAUGUAAUCUCUUAUGACACACUUGUGAAGACCCACAUGAAAAUAUAUUAUCUUGCCAGAAACCUUUCAAGUGCCUUUGCUGAAAUAGUGUUAAACUUUUUCUCUCUACAUUUGCACAAGAUGAAUAAGAAUGUCUGAAACUUUUGGUCACAGAUGCACUCCUGUACGCACUACACAGCACACUCACUGUUUUGAAUGGCUGAGGAAGGGUUGCUCUGAGACUCUGGCGCUUUAGUGAGAUGCCGCUCUUUUCGUGUCAUUGUCCUCCCAGAUCCGUAUCCGGGACCCCAACCAGGGCGGCAGGGACAUCACAGAGGAGAUCAUGGCAGGGGGCACAGGGAGCAGAAAUCCAACCCCCCCUGUCGGACGACCCUCCUCCACCCCCACCCCACCACAGGUAAUGACACAUCUACUCUCAUGCUGCCUGCUCUUAGGCUUAUUUUCUCUCUCUCUCACACACACACAGGUUGCCAUGGCGUGCCACUGGCCCACUGAACUGAGCUGUUAGCCUGUCACCCAUGUCUGCCCAGGGCAGACUGCUUGGUGUUGGGAGGGAGCAGGCGAUUAAGCCACCAGGGCUUUGGCACUACGACAGACAGAGCCAUGCACCAGACCAGGCACAGCACAUUUUCUGUGUUUGUAAUCCAUCCUCUGCCAUGCUGCGUUAGACACAGCCAGCCACUCAGACUUCAGCCACUGUCCCUGACUCCCUGCCCCCCACCCAUUGCUCUGCAACUGGGCCCAAACACACUCACCUGGCCUUACCUGGCCUCACCUUCAUAACCUUUGCUAUCCAAUUUGAGUAACAGAAAACCUUGGCUAUUUUACAAAGGUGACCUAAACACUAUUUCAUUGUUCAUAGUAAAUGAGUUAUCAUAUUAAUCUUGGACACACCGAUAUAUGGCUUACACACACACUCAUUGUUCAUAGUAAAUGAGUUAUCAUAUUAAUCUUGGACACACCAAUAUAUGGCUUACACACACACACACACACACACACACACACAUAUAUAUAUAUAUAUAUAUACCUACCUGCAUGUAUCACUGUAUCUCCUCCCUCACUUGUGCAGUAAAUGUUGUUGUGGAACAUGUAGUUUCUGGUUUCUGUCCCUCCAUGAAGAAUCCAGAAUAAGAUUCUAUACUUAUUCAUUGAUUCAAACAAAAUGAGUCAUAUAUGUGCUGAGAACAUUUUAAUAGACUGGUUAGCUGACAACGUCACAAACUAUGCUCACGCUUUAAUGGGGCAGAAAUCCUUGUGUUGUGAUUCUGGAUGGUCAGAUAGCUAGCAACAAUGACAAGAAGCUGCCAUGUGGGGAGUUGUACAGUGAGGGAAAACAGUAUUUGAUCCCCUGCUGAUUUUGUACGUUUGCCCACUGACAAAGACAUGAUCAAUCUAUAAUUUUAAUGGUUGGUUUAUUUGAACAGUGAGAGACAGAAGAACAAAACAAAAUUCCUGAAAAACGCAUGUCAAAAAUGUUAUAAAUUGAUUUGCAUUUUAUUGAGGGAAAUAAGUAUUUGACCCCUCUGCAAAACAUUACUUAGUACUUGGUGGCAAAACCCUUGUUGGCAAUCACAGAGGUCAGACGUUUCUUGUAGUUGGCCACCAGGUUUGCACACAUCUCAGGAGGGAUUUUGUCCCACUCCUCUUUGCAGAUCUUCUCCAAGUCAUUAAGGUUUCGAGGCUGACGUUUGGCAACUCGAACCUUCAGCUCCCUCCACAGAUUUUCUAUGGGAUUAAGGUCUGGAGACUGGCUAGGCCACUCCAGGACCUUAAUGUGCUUCUUCUUGAGCCACUCCUUUGUUGCCUUGGCCGUGUGUUUUGGGUCAUUGUCAUGCUGGAAUUGCCAUCCACGACCCAUUUUCAAUGCCCUGGCUGAGGGAAGGAGGUUCUCACCCAAGAUUUGACGGUACAUGGCCCCGUCCAUCGUCCCUUUGAUGCAGUGAAGUUGUCCUGUCCCCUUAGCAGAAAAACACCCCCAAAUCAUAAUGUUUCCACCUCCAUGUUUGACGGUGGGGAUGGUGUUCUUGGGGUCAUAGGCAGCAUACCUCCUCCUCCAAACACGGCGAGUUGAGUUGAUGCCAAAGAGCUCGAUUUUGGUCUCAUUUGACCACAACACUUUCACCCAGUUCUCCUCUGAAUCAUUCAGAUGUUCAUUGGCAAACUUCAGACGGGCCUGUAUAUGUGCUUUCUUGAGCAGGGGGACCUUGCGGGCGCUGCAGGAUUUCAGUCCUUCACGGCGUAGUGUGUUACCAAUUGUUUUCUUGGUGACUAUGGUCCCAGCUGCCUUGAGAUCAUUGACAAGAUCCUCCCGUGUAGUUCUGGGCUGAUUCCUCACUGUUCUCAUGAUCAUUGCAACUCCACAAGGUGAGAUCCUGCAUGGAGCCCCAGGCCGAGGGAGAUUGACAGUUCUUUUGUGUUUCUUCCAUUUGCGAAUAAUCGCACCAACUGUUGUCACCUUCUCACCAAGCUGCUUGGCGAUGGUCUUGUAGCCCAUUCCAGCCUUGUGUAGGUCUACAAUAUUGUCCCUGACAUCCUUGGAGAGCUCUUUGGUCUUGGCCAUGGUGGAGAGUUUGGAAUCUGAUUGAUUGAUUGCUUCUGUGGACAGGUGUCUUUUAUACAGGUAACAAGCUGAGAUUAGGAGCACUCCCUUUAAGAGUGUGCUCCUAAUCUCAGCUCGUUACCUGUAUAAAAGACACCUGGGAGCCAUAAAUCUUUCUGAUUGAGAGGGGGUCAAAUACUUAUUUCCCUCAGUAAAAUGCAAAUCAAUUUAUAACAUUUCUGGAUUUUUUUGUUGUUAUUCUGUCUCUCACUGUUCAAAUAAACCUACCAUUAAAAUUAUAGACUGAUCAUUUCUUUGUCAGUGGGCAAAUGUGCAAAAUCAGCAGGGGAUCAAAUACUUUUUUCCUUCACUGUAGGUGGCUUGUUUCAGCUAGUUUUAUCUUGUUCUUGAUACCAUGACUUGUUUUGAGGUGUUUUGACUGUCUAUGCUAAUAUGGCUCAAAUUGGCUAGCUAGCCAACCAACAACUGUAACGAUGUAUUUGAGACGACAAGUGCUCAUUGUGCAAAUGUAUUUAUAUUUUCAAUAAACAUUGGAGACGAAUUAUAGUUUACAUGUUGUCAACAAUCUAAGCCAACCCUGUCUGUAUUGCCCCAUAGUUGCGCACGCAUCAGUUUUGUUAAACAACCAACCCGUGUAUAGAAAUAGUCAAUCAUCUUAAAUUACAGUUCUUGUUCUGGAUUCUGUGGAGGGAAAGCUUUUAUUGUGACACUUCCUCCCUGUCCUCUCCUUGGACAUUAACAUUGUCUCUCCUCUCUUUCUGUCUUUUGUUGUUUCUUUUUACGCUCCCUUCUUUUGCUUUGUUUAACCUUGUGUGCCUCCAUUUCCCUGUCAUUCACUCUCCACCUCCCCUACUCUUGCACUCUUUAUUUUUUGCUUCUUCAUCUUCUCCUUUGCUCCGCUUUUGCCUGCUUUCUCCUUUCUUGUCUUCCUCCGUCUUUUCCUUGGCUAAUGUAUCUAACCAUACCCACUGGUCUCCUUGUUUCCGCUUAAUUCUAUUUUUGUGCUCGUUUGUGCUUAUUUGUCUGUCUGUGUUGCUAGUUUUUAUGGACGCACCCUCAUUAUCCUCACAUUUUCUACCUCAAAUCGCAGCAGCAGCCGGGCGGCAGCCAGACUCCGGAGCAGGGCCAGGGCCAGGCCCACUCAGCCUACAGCCUGGAGCCCUCCCAUCAGCAGCAGCCACAGCAGCAGCUCACGCCUGGGGCUGCAGCCAGCAAGCCAGGGCCAGGUCUGACCCUCUACCCCCGGCCCUCACCCCUCCACCCUCCAGGCAGAAUACAUCCCUGCUUUGAGAGCAGCGGACUGAGGAAUAAAAAGCUUUUUAGAACCUGAACGUUGACUCAAUAAAGAGAUUGGCACAAAGAAUUGUAUUUUCUUUUGUGUUUAAUUACAAUGUUAUCUGUUCUCUUUUCCAGUAGAUGAUAAGUCAAAAUUGGAGUCGCUUGUCCAGAAGUCUUCCUCUCCCGGGCUUGGACAAUCAGAACCUUCAAUGGAAAGGCGAGAGGCCAGUGCACCUGUAACUGCUCCCUCUCCCCACUUGGAUCCAGAGCUUCCCUCCCCAACCCCAGUGGUGGUUUCCCCCUUCCCGGCCCCUCUUCCUGUAGCUGGCCCCAUUGAGCAGCCCUCUGCAGUGGAGCCCGCUGCUCCCCCUUCCUCCUCUGCAGCGGACCCCAAGCCCAUGCCACCCACGACUCAGUCCCAGACCCCAAACACAGAGGAACUUCUUCCAGAAGCCCAAUGCACCCUGGCUGCUUCCCCAGCCCUAACCCCUAAGGCUUUGAAUGGCCAUGCUGACACUGGGGCUGAGAUGAACACCCAGGCCCAGGAGCCCUACCCCCUAGCUCCCUCCCUUUCCCCAACCCAGCCCCAGGCUUCAGCCCUGGCCUCCAGAGAAGACUGCAGUGAGGCUGUGCCCAGUGAGGUGAGGGCAGAGAUGCCCCCUGCUGUCACAGACCCUAUCGCACCAAUCGCUGUAGUGCCAGUCACUCUGACCUCCAGCCCUGUGGUUCCAGCGCCUCCCCCUGGCCUUCCGCCACUAGUGCAGGCCACAGCGGAGCCCAGCAAGCCCUCGGACACUAAAGACGUCCUUCUCAAAGCAGGGACAGAGGCACUCAUCACACCAGACAGCAAGCCUGAACCACAGCUACAAGCCCUUUCCAGAAAGAGUCCCACUACAGGUAUGUGCAUAGCCAUGGGUACAGAUAUGACAGUGUGGAUGUCACAUGGAUGCCUGUGUGUAUACCAUAAAUCAACAGUUAAAGGUUGCUGAUGGACAAGACUUGGAUCAGCCAGACUGAACUCAAUGCUGACUGCUGAGAACAGCACAGUGCUUACACUAACAGCUGGAUUUUAUGGUUAUGCUGGGGAGAAGGCCACUUUUCUGCUUGUAAAAGUCUCUAGUCAUUGAUUUGUGGUAAAUCGCUAGCCUAUAGCUGACUUCAAAAUGUAUUUGCUGUUGUUUUCUCUGCAGUAUGUCAGACUGCUCCUGCUACACCAAAGACCUGGAAGAAACCAAAUGAAGGGAGUCCUGUUGGAGAUGCACCACAGAGGGAGACUGAGGUAAGCAAUGAGGCUUCCUAUUCACUCUGCGGGGGGGGGGGGGGAAUUCAAAUGGAAAAUGUUUCCACAUGUGCGGCAGUGGAACACAGACUUUAAUGACUUGAAGUGUUGUUAUCGUCAGAUUUUUAUUAGGAUCCCCAUCAGCCGACGCCAAUGGCGACAGCUAGUCUUACUGGGGUCUGACAUAUAACUAAAAAGACUACAGACAAAAGUUAAUUUACAUACAUUUAAAAACAUGAAUAUGUAGUGUGUGUGUGUGCAUCAGAGUAUGUGAGCGGAGUUGAGCGGUUGGAAAUCCCGCUCGUCACUCACGGAGCGGUGCUUGCACAACGCUCUGACGCUCCACGUCCUUUCCAGCCUCUCAUUGAAAGAGGUAAUAUGUCAGCCCUAUUGGGCCAAAAUCAAUGAUCGCCUAUUGUAUAGAUAAUAGAACAAAACUUUUAAGUUAUCUGAUUUUUAAAUACACUGCUCAAAAAAAUAAAGGGGACACUUAAACAACACAAUGUAACUCCAAGUCAAUUACACUUCUGUGAAAUCAAACUGUCCACUUAGGAAGCAACACUGAUUGACAAUAAAUUUCACAUGCUGUUGUGCAAAUGGAAUAGACAACAGGUGGAAAUUAUAGGCAAUUAGCAAGACACCCCCAAUAAAGGACUGGUUUUGCAAGUGGUGACCACAGACCACUUCUCAGUUCCUAUGCUUCCUGGCUGAUGUUUUGGUCACUUUUGAAUGCUGGCAGUGCUUUCACUCUAGUGGUAGCAUGAGACGGAGUCUACAACCCACACAAGUGGCUCAGGUAGUGCAGCUCAUCCAGGAUGGCACAUCAAUGCGAGCUGUGGCAAGAAGGUUUGCUGUGUCUGUCAGCGUAGUGUCCAGAGCAUGGAGGCGCUACCAGGAGACAGGCCAAUACAUCAGGAGACGUGGAGGAGGCCGUAGGAGGGCAACAACCCAGCAGCAGGACUGCUACCUCCGCCAUUGUGCAAGGAGGAGCAGGAGGAGCACUGCCAGAGCCCUGCAAAAUGACCUCCAGCAGGCCACAAAUGUGCCUGUGUCUGCUUAAACGGUCAGAAACAGACUCCAUGAGGGUGGUAUGAGGGCCCGACGUCCACAGGUGGAGUUUGUGCUUACAGCCCAACACCGUGCAGGACAUUUGGCAUUUGCCAGAGAACACCAAGAUUGGCAAAUUCGCCACUGGCGCCCUGUGCUCUUCACAGAUGAAAGCAGGUUCACACUGAGCACGUGACAGACGUGACAGAGUCUGGAGACGCCGUGGAGAACGUUCUGCUGCCUGCAACGUCCUCCAGCAUGAUCGGUUUGGCGGUGGGUCAGUCAUGGUGUGGGGUGGCAUUUCUUUGGGGGGCCGCACAGCCCUCCAUGUGCUCACCAGAGGUAGCCUGACUGCCAUUAGGUACCGAGAUGAGAUCCUCAGACCCCUUGUGAGACCAUAUGCUGGUGCGGUUGGCCCUGGGUUCCUCCUAAUGCAAGACAAUGCUAGACCUCAUGUGGCUGGAGUGUGUCAGCAGUUCCUGCAAGAGGAAGGCAUUGAUGCUAUGGACUGGCCCGCCCGUUCCCCAGACAUGAAUCCAAUUGAGCACAUCUGGGACAUCAUGUCUCGCUCCAUCCACCAACGCCACGUUGCACCACAGACUGUCCAGGAGUUGGUGGAUGCUUUAGUCCAGGUCUGGGAGGAGAUGCCUCAGAAGACCAUCUGCCACCUCAUCAGGAGCAUGCCCAGGCGCUUGUAGGGAGGUCAUACAGGCACGUGGAGGCCACACACACUACUGAGCCUCAUUUUGACUUGUUUUAAGGACAUUACAUCAAAGUUGGAUCAGCCUGUAGUGUGGUUUUCCACUUUCAUUUUGAGGGUGACUCCAAAUCCAGACCUCCAUGGGUUGAUACAUUUUGAUUUCCAUUGAUUCUUUUUGUGUGAUUUUGUUGUCAGCACAUUCAACUAUGUAAAGAAAAAAGUAUUUAAUAAGAUUAUUUCAUUCAUUCAGAUCUAGGAUGUGUUAUUUUAGUGUUCCCUUUAUUUUUUUGAGCAGUGUACUUUGCUACAAUGACACACUUAGCUAGCUACCCACCUCAUUCCUUAGUUGUGGACACUACAUCACCACACUCCCUCUCUUGCUCUUGAUCCUCCUCAUCUUUGUAAGUCAUCUUGAUUUUGAACCUGUGUCUUAUCAGUUUCUUUAUGAAAAUAUUUAGCGAACUACAUGACACUAGCUAAAGCAAGGGGCUAACACAAGUAGCCUACAAAUGCAUGCUGGACCGGGCAUGCCCUGAGCUCGUGAAGUGAGCGCUACUGGAGCGAAAUUGGGAAAACGCGCUCCAGUCAAAUUGGGCACGCUCCAGCUCCGCUCCGCACACAUACUCUGGUGUGCAUCUAUCAGUUACACAUACAUGUCAAUACAUGCACGCAAAAAGUAGGCCACAUGGGGGAGAGGCGUUGUGCCGUGAGGUAUUGCUUUAUUUGUUUUUUUAAACCAGGUUUACUGUUCACUUGUGCUAUAUGAGAUGGGAGUUCCAUUCAAUCAUGGCUCUGUAUAAUACUGUACAUUUCCUUGAAUUUGUUCUGGACCUGGGGACUGUGAAAAGACCCCUGGUGGCAUGACUGGUGGGCUAAGUGUGUGUGUGUGUGUGUGUGUCAGUGCUGUGUUUCAGUUGACUAUGCAAACAAUUUGGAAUUUCCAACACAUUAAUGUUUCUUAUAAAAAAACAGAAGCAAUGCAGUCAGUCUUUCCUGAACUCUUAGCCAAGAGAGACUGGCAUGCAUAGUGUUGAUUGAUAUUAGCCCUCUGAUUACAAUGAAAAGUCAAGAGGACGUCGGAAAGGAGUUAUCCAUCAUGAUCAGUGUUCCAAGCCCCAUGUUUGAAGUCCGCUCUAUCCCUCUAUCUCACCCCCUCUCCCUCCGCUCCCUCCCCCAGGAUGAGAUCAAGCCUGUGGAGGAGGCUGCUGGAGACCAGGCCCUGCAGCCCGUCAGGCCCCGUAGUAGCAGCACCCCACCCCCACCCUCAGCAGCGCCUCCAGCCAUGGAGGCAGAGGAGAAGCCCCCUGCCCCAGAGGAAAACUGGGAGGCUGAGCUGGAGCCCAUGAGGAACGGGGCAGGGCACACCUCAGAGACGGAGAGCAGUGACAGUGGGGCCACCCCUGGGGACAAGGAGGGCUCUAUAGGAGCACCCCCAGACCUCUUCCAGGAAGGUAGGAGGGCAGUUAUUAGCCUCAGUUUCAUUAGUGUUUUUCACUUCGUUUUCACAAUCAAGUCAUACAACCUUUGCACAGUAUGAGAUGAGCAGGGCUGUUUUCCUCACCUCUUGUUGUUUCCUCAGAUCUGGCGGAGACCAACGGGAAGCGUCAGUACAACCGGGACUUCCUGCUAGGCUUCCAGUUUAUGGCUGCCUGUACACAGAAGCCAGACGGGCUGCCUCAGAUCAGUGACGUGGUUCUGGACAAGGUGUGUGUGAGUGGUCUGAUCAGAGCUUCAACCUAGUGGACAGAAUUAGUUAGCUGUGAGCAAGGCCCUAAACCCCACAGUGGUUCAGUAAAUAUUCUGGACUAUAAAUGGAUAGUGUAAGAUGUUAGCAAAGCAAGUUGCUUUUGAAAAGGGAUUAUGUAUUUCUAUAGAACAAAUAGUGUGAGUAGCCUUAUGUGAUCCCUAUAGUAAACAUAAGACCAGAUGUGUAGGUUUUUUCAGGUAUUCAGUCUAAUAGUCAUUAAUGAAAUGAUAGGCUUCUGGUAAAUUAAUCUCCCUCUUCUCCACAUAGGCUCCAUACUGUUGGAGCCUAUAGUGGCUAGCCCAUAGACAUCCUGUUUUGAUUAAAAUCACAUUGCUAUUAUGUCACACUUGGCAGUGUUGAUAAUUCAGCCCCAGAAAAGGAGCAAUAAGACUGGCAACGAUUGAUGUACAGUCCCAGGAGUCAUAUUAUUCUCCCUGAGAAAAUGUUCACUAGUGGAGAGUACUAAGGGAAGUCAAGGACAGCUGAGAGAGCUGUAGUUGUUCUCCCCCUUCCCUUCCCCCACAAUGUUCCCCUUAGUUCUCCUUCCACAUCUGGUUCUGACUUCACUCACUUUGCCAGUCACAAAAUGUGUUUAAACAUAAUUUAUCAAAAGCAUAGCUGAAACACAAAACAACAUACAAAGUUGGUGGUGAUCUAGGACUGUUAUUGAGAAUCCACCACCGCUCAGUGAACACCAGUGGGAUAGACCUAAGGGAGGGGGGUCUGGCCAGUCUCUUUCUCCCCAGUGGUAGGCCAGAAACAACUCCCAACCCCUACCUCAGGCACUUCAUGUAGAUCUGAAAGGAGUUGAUGGGUAUAAGCAAUAUGGCGCUUUCACCAUAUUGAUUAUUAUAUUAUUAUAUUGAUUAUUGCACCUAUCCGGGGUAUGUGACAAUAAAACAUUAUUUGAUUUUGAUUAUACAGCCACUUCUUUCCCCUAUGGCUAGGCCCACAGUGUUAGAGAAUCACUGCUCCCCCUGCUGGUCUGUCAGUUCACCAUCUCGCUCCCUGUGUGUCUCUGCAGAUAAACCAAAACAAGCUGCCAACCCGGGCUGUGGAAUCCAGGGUGAUCUCUCGAGGCCCUGACUUCACACCGGCCUUUGCUGAUUUUGGCAGGCAGAUGAGUGGAGGACGCGGCGGCGCUGCAGUGAGUCACGCACACGCUCAAUCCCAGGCUCACGUAAUUACUACCCCUCCUGACACCAACAGAAACACUGCUCUCUCUCUCUCAAAUAAUGUCUCUUGUCUUUGUGUUUCUCAUCUUUCUGUCUCUCUCUCUCUCUCUCUCACACGCACUCACAGAAUAUUACCUUGUGAGUUUCAUUUCCCACAGUCUUCUGGUAUAGUAACAAACAACAUCGCUGGGCUGGGAUCAUAGUGAGAUAAAUGAAUCAUGGGGAAUGAUUUGAGUCUCUUGUUGGUUUGCUAGAGAAGUCAUUUCCCAAAGUCUUACUCAUUCAAGGAAAGUCGUAAACUGAAUAUGAGCACACAACCCAAGCCCUUAUCUGAGGAGUCUUGGCGAGGUGUGUUUUGUUGGUGGUGAGCUGCAGAAGUGACGUGUUGUUCUCUCUUCUCUGUCCUCCAGCAGAUGAUGAACAUGGGGGGUGGUGCCCGGCGGCCCCCGCCCAGGAAGAUUAUCCUGAACGUGUCGGCGAACGACGAGGUGCAGCUGAAGAAGGCCGAGAACGCCUGGAAACCUGGCAUGAAGAGGGCAGGGCCAUCAGACGACCCUGAGGUCAUUACAACACAGGUAGGAUGAGCCCAACCUUUCAUCAGACAAAACCACACAGUCAAAACACACACCCUACUCAACUACAAGAUAUUAUGAGUUUCUUCUGCAGUGGCUCCACACAGGAAAGAAAUGUUGUGACCAAGGAGUUGUCAAGAGACCGAAGAUGAAAUGAAGUGUGAGUGAAUGAAUGUUCACCUCAAUAAAUGAUGAUGAUGUUGGUGCCUUGUCAGGAGCUCUUCCGGAAGGUGCGCAGCAUCCUCAACAAACUGACGCCUCAGAUGUUCAACCAGCUGAUGAAGCAGGUGACGGACCUCACUAUCGACACGGAGGAACGCCUCAAGGGUGUCAUCGACCUGGUCUUUGAGAAGGCCAUCGACGAGCCCGGCUUCUCUGUGGCCUACGGGAACAUGUGCCGCUGCCUCACCACGGUAUGUAAUGCUCAGUUCUUUAUCAUUCAGACAUGAUUACUUGUGGUUCCUCUGAAUGCUGCUAGCCAACAUCAAAAGAUAAUCUGUCAAGAGGAGUAAAAGGAGGUUGUCCACUAUCGGCAUAUCUAUUUAUUAUGGCCAUGGAAAUGUUAUCUAUUAAAAUCAGAUCCAACAAUAAUAUCAAGGGAUUAGAAAUCCAGGGCUUAUAAACAAAGGUGUCAUUGUACUCUGAUGAUUCAUGUUUUCUUUUAAAUCCACAAUUUGAAUCCCACCACAGCCUCAUAGAGGAUCUAGAUACAUUUUCUAACCUCUCUGGAUUACAACCAAAUUAUGAUAAGUGUACUAUAUUAUGUAUUGGAUCACAAAAAAAAUACAACUUUUACAUUACCGUGUAGUUUACCAAUAAAAUGGUAUGAUGGUGAUGUGGAUAUACUCGGUAUACAUAUCCCAAAAUACAUUUUAAUAGAAAGUUAGCAAAAUAGAUAAGAUCUUGCUACAAUGGAAAGGUAAAUACCUGUCUAUUUGUGGAAAAAUCACCUUGAUUAACUCUUUAGUAUUAUCCCAGUUUACCUAUUUGCUUAUGGUCUUGCCUACGCCUAGCGAACAGUUUUUUAAAUUAUAUGAGAAAAAAAUAUUCAAUUUUAUUUGGAACGGCAAGCCAGACAAAAUUAAACGGGCCUAUUAUGAAUUGAUAUGAAUAUGAAUUCGGAGGACAGAAAUUACUAAAUAUGAAAGCAUUAGACCUAUCACUAAAAGCUUCAGUCAUACAAAAGUUAUACUUAAAUCCGAACUGGUUCUCUAGCAAAUUAGUAACAUUGUCUCACCCUAUGUUCAAGAAUGGCCUUUUUCCCUUUAUUCCGAUUACAACCUCUCACUUUCAGUUAUUUGAAAAGGAAAUAAUCUCCCAAAUAUCACUAUUUCUAAAACAAGCCGUAGAAAGUUGGUUGCAAUUUCAAUUUAAGACUCCAGAAACGACAGAACAAAUAAUGCAACAAAUAUUGUGGUUAAACUCAAAUAUACUAAUUGAUUUUAAAAAAUGUAAUUUUUUGAAUAAAAAAAAAAAAGGUAUAAUCUUUGUAAAUUAUAUCAGAGGUAGGACUGGUGGAGUUAUGUCGCACAUGCAGCAAACAAAAACAUAUGGAAAUGUCUGCUCUACCCAAAAUUACAACCAAAUAAUUGCAGCAUUACCGCAAAAAUGGAAGAGGAAAGUGGAAGGGGGAAAAGUAAGGAACUUGUCUGUUGGCCCUGUAUUAAAGACCAUAAUUGGUUAAAGAAAAUUGUGAUAAAUAAAAAAGUAAACCAGUUCCAUUUAAGGGCCGAAGGUUUGACAGCUGUCCUAUAUAGAUUGCAAAAUAGUUGGGAAGAGAUUUUUGACGUAUCGAUUCCAUGGCACAUGGUUUAUGAACUGAUACGCAAAACGACGCCGGAUUCAAAACAUAGAAUUUUUCAAUUUAAAUUAUUAUACAAAAUUCUUGCAACCAAUAGAAUGUUAUUUAUAUGGGGGGAUACAAUCUUCCCAGCUCUGCAGAUUUUGCUGCGAAGAGACAGCAUCAUUAGAUCAUUUGUUUUGGUACUGUCCAUUUGUAGCUUGUUUUUGGUCACAGGUCCAGGAAUGGCUGAAGAAUUGCAAUAUUUACCUGGAGCUAACCCUGCAGAUAGCACUACUGGGUGAUCUGAAAAGUCAUAGUCAAUCGAUCAAUAAUAUAAUAAUACUUUUAGCAAAAAUAAUGUUUAUUUUCCAUUUACAAUCUGUAGAAACAAUGAGAAUAGAAAGGUUCAGAACUUUUGUGAAACAUUACAGUACAGUUGAAAAAUAUAUGGCAAAUAGAAAUCCAAUAUGGUUGGUGUUAAGAGAUGAAUGGGAGGGGUUGAAUGGAGCUGAAGGUUGGGACUAAUAACAACUAAUAGCAACAAGAUAACUAAUGUAAAACAUACGGUGUCCAUAAUACGUAUAUAGGUUAUAGGUUAAGAACUUUUGUGAAAGAGCACAGUUUGAAAGAUAUGGCAUAUAGAAGCAAACCGGAUGGACAUCAUGAAAAUGAUCGGAUAGGUUGAGGAUAGAGGAAGUUCAGGAGUAAAAACAAACAAAAUAUAACUAUUGUAAAAUUGACUGUGUCCAUAAAAUGUAUAAGCUGGAAGUAGAGGCCUAAGCGUUGUUGUUCACUAGUUUACUCCAAUUAGGGGAGGGGUGGUAGGGUUAAAAAGUAAUAAAGGAAAAUAUAUAUUAAAAAAGGAUAUGUACACAACCGUUCAAAAGUUUGGGGUCACUUGGAAAUGUCCUUGUUUUCGAAAGAAAAGCAAUUGUUUUGUCCAUUUAAAAUAACAUCAAAUUGAUCAGAAAUACAGUGUGGACAUUGUUAAUGUUGUAAAUAGCUAUUGUAGCUGGAAACAGCUGAUUGUUAAUGGAAUAUCUACAUAGGCGUACAGAGGCCCAUUAUCAGCAACCAUCAGUCCUGUGUUCCAAUGGCAAGUUUAUCAUUUUAAAAGGCUAAUUUAUCAUUAGAAAACCUUUUUUGCAAUUAUAUUAGCACAGCUGAAAACUGUUGUGCUGAUUAAAGAAGCAAUAAAACUGGCCUUCUUGAGACUAGUUGAGUAUCUGGAGCAUCAGCAAUUGUGGGUUCGAUUACAGGAUCAAAAUGGCCAGAAACAAAUAACUUUCUUCUGAAACUCGUCAGUCUAUUCUUGUUCUGAAAAAUGAAGGCUAUUCCAUGCGAGAAAUUGCCAAGAAACGGAAGAUCUCGUACAACGCUGUGUACUACUCCCUUCACAGAACAGCGCAAACUGGCUCUAACCAGAAUAGAAAGAGGAGUGGGAGGUCCCCGGUGUACAACUGAGUUGCAAAUAAAAAGCCAUAUCUCAGACUGGCCAAUACAAAUAAAAGAUUAAGAUGGGCAAAAGAACACAGACACUGGACAGAGAAAGAUUGGAAAAAAGUGUUAUGGACAAACAAAUCGAAGUUUGAGGUGUUCGGAUCACAAAGAAUAACAUUUGUGAGACGCAGACCAAAUUAAAAUAUGCUGUAGGAGUGCUUGAUGCCAUCUGUCAAGCAUUGUGGAGGCAAUAUGAUGGUCUGGGGGUGCUUUGGUGGUGGUAAAGUGGGAGAUUUGUAUAGGGUAAAAGGGAUCUUGAAGAAGGAAGGCUAUCACUCCAUUUUGCAACGCCAUGCCAUACCCUGUGGACGGCGCUUGAUUGGAGCCAAUUUCCUCCUACAACAGGACAAUGACCCAAAGCACAGCUCCAAACUAUGCAAUAACUAUUUAGGGAAGAAGCAGUCAACUGGUAUUCUGUCUGUGCUGGCCACUCCAUUAUAGUCACCGGAUCUCAACCCUAUUGAGAUGUUGUGGGAGCAGCUUGACCGUAAGAAGUGCCAAUCAAGCCAAUCCAACUUGUGGGAGAUGCUUCAGGAAGCAUGGGGUGAAAUCUCUUCAGAUUACCUCAACAAAUUGACAACUAGAAUGCCAAAGGUCUGCAAGGCUGUAAUUGCUGCAAAUGGAGGAUUCUUUGACGAAAGCUAAGUUUGAAUUGCACAAUUUAUUAUUUCAAUAAAAAAUCAUUAUUUCUAACCUUGUCAAUGACUACAUUUCCUAUGCAUUUUGCUAUAUUUUCUAUUCAAACUCAUUUCAUGUAUGUUUUCAUGGAAAACAAGGACAUUUCUAAGUCACCCCAAACUUUUGAACGGUACUGUAUGUGUAUAUGUAUGUAUUUAUGUGUAUGUAUGUCUAUGUAUAUGUACAGUUGAAGUCGGAAGUUUACAUAUACUUAGAUUGGAGUCAUUAAAACUAGUUUUUUUCAACCACUCCACAAAUUUCUUGUUAACAAACUAUAGUUUUGGCAAGUUGGUUAGGACAUCUACUUUGUGCAUGACACAAGUAAUUUUUACAACAAUUGUUUACAGACAGAUUAUUUCACUUAUUAUACACUGUAUCACAAUUCCAGUGGGUCAGAAGUUUGCAUACACUAAGUUUGUGAUGGCCACUCCAAUACCUUGACUUUGUUGUCCUUAAGCCAUUUUGCCACAACUUUGGAAGUAUGCUUGGGGUCAUUGUCCAUUUGGAAGACCCAUUUGCGACAAAGCUUUAACUUCCUGACUGAUGUCUUGAGAUGUUGCUUCAAUAUAUCCAUGUACUUUUCCUUCCUCAUGAUGCCAUCUAUUUUGUGAAGUGCACCAGUCCCUCCUGCAGCAAAGCACCUCCACAGCAUGAUGCUGCCACCCCUGUGCUUCACGGUUGGGAUGGUGUUCAUUGGCUUGCAAGCCUUCCCCUUUUUCCUCCAAACAUAACAAUUGUCAUUAUGGCCAAACAGUUAUAUUUUUGUUUCAUCAGACCAGAGGACAUUUCUCCAAAAAGUACGAUCUCUGUCCCUGUGUGCAGUUGCAAACCGUAGUCUGGCUUUUUUAUGGCGGUUUUGGAGCAGUGGCUUCUUCCUUGCUGAGCGGCCUUUCAGGUAAUGUCGAUAUAGGACUCAUUUUACUGUGGAUAUAGAUACUUUUGUACGUGUUUCCUCCAGCAUCUUCACAAGGUCCUUUUGCUGUUGUUCUGGGAUUAAUUUGCAUUUUUCGCACCAAAGUACGUUAAUCUCUAGGAGACAGAACGCGUCUCCUUCCUGAGCAGUAUGACGGAUGCGUGGUCCCAUGGUGUUUACACUUGCGUACUAUUGUUUGUACAAAUGAACGUGGUACCUUCAGGCAUUUGGAAAUUGCACCCAAGGAUGAACCAGACUUGUGGAGGUUUACAAUUCUUUUUCUGAGGUCUUGGCUGAUUUCUUUUGAUUUUCCAAUGAUGUCAAGCAAAGAGGCACUGAGUUUGAAGGUAGGCCUUGAAAUACAUCCACAGGUACACCUCCAAUUGACUCAAAUGAUGUCAAUUAGCCUAUCAGAAGCUUCUAAAGCCAUGACAUCAUUUUCUGGAAUUGUCCAAGCUGUUUAAAGGCACAGUCAACUUAGUGUAUGUAAACUUCUGACCCACUGGAAUUGUGAUACAGUGAAUUAUAAGUGAAGUCAUCUUUCUGUAAACAAUUGUUGGAAAAUGACUUGUCAUGCACAAAGUAGAUGACAUAACCGACUUGCCAAAACUAUAGUUUGUUAGCAAGAAAUGUGUGGAGUGGUUGAAAAACAAGUUUUAAUGACUCCAACCUAAGGGUAUGUAAACUUCCGACUUCAACUGUAUAUGUUUGGGAAAAUAUAUAUAUAUGUGGGAUUGGAAGUGAUAAUGUAUCUGCAAUAUUAAAGCUGUUCUUCCACCUAAAAAACCCCAAAAGAAAAUAGAUAAUCUGUAUAUGCAUGGGUCCUCUAAAGCCCCAUAAACAUUCAGCAAAAUGUCCCUAAAUAUAUAUUUCUGUCCCCCAUUUAACUCUUUCGACACCUCAUCUCCCGUUCAACUCAAAAUGUUUCUCUCUGUUCUUUCCCCCAUUUUUCUUCCCCUCUAACCAAAUUGUUCCUUAUCUCGGUUGCUCUCCAGCUCAAAGUGCCCAUGACGGAGAAACCCAGCACCACAGUGAACUUCCGUAAGCUUCUGCUCAACCGCUGUCAGAAGGAGUUUGAGCGGGACAAGGUGGACGACGUGGUGUUUGAGAGGAAACAGAAGGAGCUCGACUCUGCACAGGUACCUAAACCCUAAACACACACUACCCAGAUCACCAACCUGUCUGUCACCUAUUGUCCCUAGUAGGGGAAUACAGAGCAGAGAAUUCUAUGGGACCCAGUCAGUUACUGAUGUUAGUUGUGAAUAGUUAGUGGGGGGCACUGGGGGCUCAUUGUUUGCUGUUAAGUCUGACAAUCUACUCUCCAUCUCUUCUCCAGUCCAGUGAUCAAGAGAGACUACGGUUAGAGCUGGAGGAGGCCAAGGACAAGGCCCGCCGGCGCUCCAUAGGGAACAUCCGGUUCAUUGGGGAGCUGUUCAAACUCAAGAUGCUGACAGAGGCCAUCAUGCACGACUGUGUGGUCAAGCUGCUGAAGAACCACGACGAGGAAUCGCUGGAGUGCCUGUGCAGGCUGCUCACCACCAUUGGCAAGGACCUGGACUUUGAGAAGGCCAAGGUGAGCCAUAGGGAUGAGCUGGGGAGGACAGGGGAAAGGAGGGGGCUUAAAUGAAUUCCAGCUGGUGGUAUGGGGAAGCCUGCAGGGAUGUGGGUGACGAGACAUGGGUGAAGACAUCUCACUGCUCCCUCUUGUCUGCUGUUGUCUGGCCUGUUUUAACCUGCUGCUGGCCAAAGGAAAGGCUCCUAGACAUGUACAGAAGUGUUCUCCUCUUUGAGCUCUGCCAGAGUUUUAAGACGCUUUGGUCCUCACUCAUACUACGCUGACUCUGCAACACACACACACACACACACACACACACACACACACACACACUACAUACGCUCACACACACAAAACACACGCAUGCAUAUUGACACAGUGCACAGACACACUCACACAAACACACUUACACACUUCACAUACGCUGUUGCUACUCUGUUUAUUAUAUAUCCUGAUUGCCUAGUCACUUUUACCCCUACCCACAUGUACAUACUGAAUUACCUCAACUACCUCGUACCCCUGCACAUUGACUCGGUACUGGUACUCCUUGUAUAUAGCUAAUUUUGCCCCAACAUCGGACAUCCCCUAACUUCGGACACUCUCUAGCGGUUGGAGGACUAAAUCACCUCGAGCUCAACAUUUUAAUGGACUGGAAAAUAACGGUAAGUUUUGCGACUAAAGACACCCUUCUAGCUAGCUGACCACUGAUUUUCAGUGUGAUUUAUGUAAGUUAAGUUAGGUUUUGAGAGUUUUCAAAAAAGUGAUAUAUGUACACAUUUUGUGGGACACGCUGCAUAUUGUAAAAUUUGACUGCGCGACAGACCACACAUAAUUCAAUAUCCAACUUUUUACCUCUGAAAUAUAGCUAACAGAUUUUCUAAUGUUGCUAAAUGUUGAUAGAACUGCUAAGACAGCUAAAAAGGAAAGAAAUUGUGAGCGUUAGAUAAUACAUAUCACGAAAACAGCUGAAUGUUGUCAAGCUGUGAGUCCUCUUGACGGGGGCGUUUUGCACAAUCUGCAAAAAUCUAUUUGGAACUUUGAACCAUGAACUUUUUGACUCCUAUCACUGUUGGGUAUGUUUCAUCUUACAACAGCUACAUAGAGGCAGUAUUUAGUCAAAUGUUACAAUGCAUGCAUCAAUAUUAAACUAAUUGGGACACACAUUUUCAUUACAGAUAACAUCAAACAAAAAACGUGGGUACACUUUCAGUUAUUGUGAAAACUUUCAUGACCUUUCAAUGCCUUAGCUUUGAAAUGUAAAUGUUUAUACAUAUUCAGAUUGAGUUAUCUUUCUAAAAUGUGUAUAGAAUGCCAAGUUAUUUAGCUACAUGUAUUUACCACCACAGCAUGGAGAAAGUCAAGAGGAAGCAGUGGAGUGAGGUGGACAUGUUCCAUGCCAUGGAGGACUGCGUGGCAGGGAUGGCUAUCCACCAGGCUGGCAAGGUUAGGCAUCUUUUGUUUUUAGUAGAUUACCAUGUGUAUGUGAAUUUUAUCUGCUAGUAAGUUUUCUUUUCUUAUCUACCAAGGUGCAUGGUGUACCUCGGCAGACCAUGGCAGACAGGCUGAGCGGCCGGGUGACCCAUGGUUGUCGCAGUGGACCACCCACAUUGCUUGCACCAGAGGAUUAAAAUUCUCUGGUGCAGUACUGUAUCUACUGCGCCAGCCAUGGGUUCCCCUUCACCAGACAGAGGCUGAUUUUAAAUACGACGACAAAAUACACAGGUAUUUGGUGUUCUAUGUGUUUAUGUAUGUAGAUUGCUGGACUGACUGUUCUCAAUGUGUGUGAUGUGGAUGUGUAUGGUGAUGCCAAAACAAACAUUUUCAUCCUGGAUGGACAAUUAUAUAUUCUAUUCUAUUGUAGGUUUCGGCACCCAGGGGAAACAAUCCCACCACUGGGGAAGAGGUGGUGGGAAAUGUUCAGGAGGAGGCACAAGAACCUGAGCAUGAGGAGGCCGGACACCCUGGACAGGGGGAGAGCGUGUGCCACACGUCCAACGAUGGACACAUUUUUCACUUCUUAUGAGAAGCACUUGGAGGAGAGUGGGUUGAGGGAGAAACCUAGACAAAUCUAUAACUGCGUUGAGUCUGGGUUUCGUAGCGACCAGAGCAGGCACAAAGUGCUGGCUCCCCGGGGCGCAAAACAUGUGUACCAGCAGGCUCCGUGGACCAAGGAGCUUCAACACAGCUGGGGAGGACGUACCCCCAUUUAUCAUCUACCCCAAGUGUUUCCCCGGUGGCCACUACACACUGGGAGCCCCCCCAAGCCUUGUAUGGACGGUCAAACAGUGGCUACAUUGACGGGGACCUGUUCAGGAAGUGGUUUCAGCACUUCAUUAAGCAUGCAGUGAAAGAGCGCCCUCUCCUUCUCCUCUUCGAUGGGUACAAGAGCCACAUAGACCCGGAGGUGCUCGUGGCGGCACUAAGGGAAGGGGUUAUACUUCUUUGUCUUCCACCACACUGCACCCAUGUCCUGCAACCGCUGGACGAGGCAUACUUUGGCCCUUUAAAGGCUGAGUUCUCCAAGGUAGCUGGAGACCUUAGCCAUUUUGACCACUCCUACAUGGUAAACAAAUCAGAAUUUGCCAGUAUCAGCGCUGCAAGGACAUGCGCUAUGUGGUGGAAGGGUAUAAGAAGUGUGGCCUCUUCCCUUUUGACCCUUCAGCCAUUGAAGGGUCCCGUUUAAUGCCGUCUCGGUCCCUACCGGGUCCCACCACCGCCUCUCCUGUAACCAGCAGCACUGUGCCGUCCAUCAGCACCUCCUCCCCAGUGAUCACAGGAGGACCCUCAGCCCCUGCUCCAGUCCCAGCCCUAGCUCUAGAAGAGCACCCCCUAAUAGAGGGGGGGCUGAUAGCGAAGGACCUGGGGCACAUCCUUACUGUCCUGAAGUAUCGGCUAGACCGAUACAGAAGACUCCCUGUGGUCGCCACAUGCAUCACCGGGGAGGAAUACAUGCGCCAGUGGCAGGAGAGGGGUGAGAAGGAGAGGGCCGAGGCAGAGGAGAAAGAGCGUCGGGCAGCCCUCAGAACACAGCGGGCACAGGAGAGGGCUGCCAUGGAUGAGACCAUUGACGCCAUCGCCUCUGCUGGACCCCCUGCUGGAACCACUCCUGACAGCUGCAUCACCACUGCCUCCCAGUGUGCAACACCUGUAGGAGCCGCGGGAGUCCCCAGCUGCAGAAGAAGGCCACGUGCCUACUCUCCCGGCCACACCAUCGUUGGCCCCUCAACCCCACCAUUACAAACACCGACUCCUCCAAGCCAUCGUCGGCGGUUUUGUCCACCACCACCACGAUGCACACCACCCCCCCGUCUGUCACCACCAACACAGCCUCCUCUGGACCAACUGCCUCCUCCGUCUCCUCUGUUCACACCACCAUAGCAGCCUCGUCUGCAAUUUGAAUACAGACACCUCCACAGGUAAACACAUGUUAAAUUAUGAAAAAAUGACUUAUCUGUUUUAUAAAACAGCAAUGUAAAAAAAAUAAAUAUAAUCUUUACAUAUCUACAGUCCAUAGCACCAGCCCUCAAGUCAUCUCCACCUCCUCCAAAACUUCUGCAGCUUCCUCCAGAGGUAUUGAUGUAAAAAAGUUAAAAGGGUUUUCAUGAAACAUACUCUGUCUAACACUACUUUUUCUUAAAUUGCAGCACAGAAAAGGAAGAGAAAAGCUCCACUGGACACCUCUGUCACGCCACCCAUGGCACCACUCUCAGGUACUUCAUAAUCUGUUUUUCUCUCUCUCAGUUGUAUCAGUUACUAUUGUUGUUGAAGACCUUCUAAAUUUUUCAAAACCAUGUUAAUCAAUUUGAUUAUUAUUUUAUUUUUUUAUAAAAGAAGACACCACCUCGCCAUGGGGAGCAUGAUCCGCCUGCAAGCUCCCUUCAGGAGUGUAGAUCCAAGGUGCCAUGGGUGUGCUGUGACUUCUGCCAGCACUGGUUCCACUGCAGGUGUGUGCAGUGGGAUCCAGAGGUAGCGGUGGAGCUGGAUUUUUAUUGUGAUUUUUGUGACAAUAUAGGGAUGGAGGUCUUUAAGGAAUACCUGGGAUAGGAUAAAGUAAUCCUUCUACCCCCCCCCCCUUUUACUCCAACCUCCCCCCCAAAAAAAAAAAAAACAUUGUAAAGUGGUUAUCCCACUGGCUAUAAGGUGAAUGCACCUAUUUGUAAGUCGCUCUGGAUAAGAGUGUCUGCUAAAUGACGUAAAUGUAAUGUAAAUGAGGUCGAGAUUUAAUUGUUUGUUUUGUUUGUGUUCAUAUGAAAUUAUUUAUUUGUACAAAAAAAUAUGUCUAAAAUAUAAUAUAUAUAUUUAUUCGACCCAUCUUGUGUAUUUCUUCCUUUACUUUCCAAGUGCAUCUCUGCAACACAAACUCCAACAGUGUUUUCAUUGUUUAUGUCAAUGCACAUUAUUGAAAUAAAAGUUUUAUUUUAUGUAAAUUAUUCAUACUCAUUUAUAUUUUAGUAUUCAACUGUUAUCUACUUUCUCAAAACAUAAGAUUAAUCUGUAAAACAAAUUGAGACAUUAUUUGGUUAUAACAACACUGAAUAUGUUGGUGAAGAACAAUUUUUUAAGAGUCCACAGGAGGCGCACCGGGCUACCCAAUGAAAAGUUGACAGGCAAGUCAUAAUUCUUUACCGGAAGGCUAGCCAACUAUCUAGUAAACACUUUGGAUACGAGGUUGGUGUCUCUUUUUUUUUAAACAAAAUUAAACGGAUAUAUCUUGUAAUUGAACAAAAUAGUAAGGUGGCCAAUAACUGGUGACCGUAUGCCGAUUAUACGGGACGUAUUUUUUUGCUAAACCGCUUAUCAAAAAGCUUUUAAUAGUAGUAUUUCCACUGAAAUGUCAAACAUGCGAAUUGCUAACCCGUUAGCUAACAUUUUUACGACACCAAUAAUAAAAAUAAAUUGAUGGCUUGAUCACAAGAUAACACUCUUGAAGGUAAUAUAUUUCUUAGACGCUGUUGAAUAUGCAGAUAAUACGGGGUUCCACGCUAGUCUCGUUAUUGUUUUUGUGUUACUAUUUCCUUUUUUAUUUAGCAAAUAUUUGUCUUACUUUUGAACUGCACUGUUGGGAAUGGGCUUGUAAGUAAGCAUUUCACUGGAAAGUGUACACCUGUUUUAUUCGGCACAUGUGACCAAUAACAUUUUAUUUUAUUUGAUCUGGCACAUUUAGCCCUGAGACUAAAUCAUAUUUAGUAGUGUGUGUUUUGUAGGCCAAGAAAAGGCUUUUGUUUUACUUGCUCCCGAACUGCUCAGUUUAGUCUGGAGCAAUACUACACUGAACAAAAAUAUAAACGCAACAUGUAAAGUGUUGGUCCUAUGUUUCAUGAGGUGAAGUGAAAUAAAAUAUCCCAGAAAUGUUCCAUGCUCACAAAAAGCUUAUUUCUUUGUGCACAAAUUUGUUUACAUCCCUGUUAGUGAGCAUUUAUCAUUUUCCGAGAUAAUCCAUCCAUCCAUAAUGUUAAUUUCUCUACCAUAAGCCGCCUCCAACAUCGUUUUAGAGAAUUUGGCAUUACGUCGAACCGGCCUCACAGCGCAGACCGUGUGUAACCACGCCAGCCCGGGACCGCCACAUCCGGCUUCUUCACCUGCGGGAUCGUCUGAGACUAGCCACCCGGACAGCUGAUGAAACUGUGGGUUUGCACAACCGAAGAAUUUCUGCACAAACUGUCAGAAACCGUCUCAGGGAAGCUCAUCUGUGUGUUUGUCAUCCUCACCAGGGUCUUGACCUGACUGCAGUUUGGCGUCAUUACUGACUUCAGUGGGCAAAUGCUCACCUUCGAUGGCCACUGGCAUGCUGGAGAAGUGUGCUCUUCACUGAUGAAUCCCGGUUUCAACUGUACUGGGCAGAUGGCAGACAGCGUGCAUGUGGGCGAGCGGUUUCCUGAUGUCAAUGUUGUGAACAGAGUGCCCCAUGGUGGCGGUGGGAUUAUGGUAUGGGAAGGCAUAAACUACGGACAACACACAAUUGCAUUUUAUCAAUGGCAAUUUGAAUGCAAAGAGAUCCUGAGGCCCAUUGUCUUGCUAUUUAUCCGCCACCAUAACCUCAUGUUUCAGCAGGGUAAUGCACAGCCCCAUGUCGCAAGGAUCUGUACACAAUUCCUAGAAGCUGAAAAUGGUCCAGUUCUUCCAUGGCCUGCAUACUCACCAGACAUGUCACCCAUUGAGCAUGUUUGGGAUGCUCUGGAUCGACGUUUACCACAGUGUGUUCCAGUUCCCACCAAUAUCCAGCAACUUCACACAGCCAUUGAAGAGGAGUGGGACAACAUUCCUCAGGCCACAAUCAACAGCCUGAUCAACUCUAUGCAAAGGAUAUGUGAUGCGCUGCAUGAGGCAAAAUGGUGGUCACACCAGAUACUGACUGGUUCUCUGAUCCACGCCCCUGCCUUUUCUUUUUUUUUAAGGUAUCUGUGACCAACAGAUGCAUAUCUGUAUUCCCAGUCAUGUGAAGUCCAUAGAUUAGGGCCUAAUUUAUUUAUUUAAAUUGACUGAUUUCCUUAUAUGAACUGUAACUCAGUAAAAUCUUUGAAAUUGUUGCAUAUUGCGUUUAAAAAAUAUAUAAAAUAUAAAGAUAUAAAGUGCACAGUGAAUUGCUUAAUGGAGUGGAAUGAAAUGAAUGGAGAGCAUCUGGCUGUCCUCUGGAGUGAAUAGUGAAAAUGUAUUAAUACACCACUUUGCAUUGACCCUUAAUUUCUCUCUUUCUUGUCAUAGCCUCGCAUGGAUCAGUAUUUCAAUCAGAUGGAGAAAAUUGUGAAGGAGCGGAAGACAUCGUCUCGGAUACGGUUUAUGCUGCAAGAUGUGAUAGAUCUCCGAUUGGUAAGUUGUGUGUGUGUGUGUGUGUGUGUCUCCUGUGUGUUGGUGGGGUUAUGUGCAUGCAUGCAUUCUUGAGAUUUGUGGUUGUGUCUGUCCAGCUCAGCUGUGAGGAUGUAUUUUCCAUUACAGUAAAUCAAAAUGUUCAUUUUCAGUACCUCCAUUUCACGCAGGCUCCCUGAGCACACCAAUAAUUAGAUCUGAGGAAGAAAACUAAUCAGUGAGAUUUGAGCGUAGAAUAAAACAUUGUUCUGCACAGCCCUCCACACAAUACUGUGACUGUAGGCCAAUUAUGUUGUACACAGUUUACUAAUUCAAAACACCAGAUUGUCUCUCUGAGGAAACUCCUUGCGUAGGUCUAACACUGCUCUUUUCCUCCAGCACAACUGGGUGUCCAGGAGAGCUGACCAGGGACCCAAGACCAUCGAGCAGAUCCACAAAGAGGCCAAGAUCGAAGAGCAGGAGGAGCAGAGGAAGGUGCACCAGCAGCUGCUCUCCAAGGACACCAAGAGAAGGCCAGGUCAGCCAGGCCCAUGGGCUAAAUCCUCUUUAAGGCUUACAGCCACACUGGCAUCCCCUCCCCAUAGCUUGCAGACUCAGAGAUGCUACGGUGGCCCACAGUGGACAGAAGGCUCCCCCACUCUCUCCCAUCUUUCAACUCACCCCACAGUAUUCUCUCAAGCCUGGGCCAUAAGGAGUUGAUGUUGUCACUAUUUGAGUUGUCUUUAAUAAACCCAUUAACAUCUCAUCCCCCGUGUGUGUUCCCUCUGUCCUCCAGAGCAACAGCAGAGAGAGCAGCAGAGAGACCAGCAGAGGGAGCAGCGUGUGCAGCAGAGAGAGGAGACCUGGAACACUGUGCCCAUGACCAAGAACAGCAGGACCAUCGACCCCACCAAGAUCCCCAAGAUCUCCAAGGUCAGCCCCGAAAACACCUGUAGACCUCAACUUUUGACUUCCUCUUUUGGGUGGUUUACCAUGGAGGUAGUGUACUCCAUUGUAAUUACAAAAUGGCAUUAGACAAUAAUUGAUGUUUGGUUCCUUCAAGUCUUUACAAGUUGGAUGACAUAAGUCAGCCUGACAUUUUGAGUUAUGUUUACCCGAUCAAUUAAGAAUUGUGUCCUCAUUGGUCUACAAGCACAAGUCUUCCUGGACAUGUUUGCAUUCGUAUUAGGUGCAUGGUCUUCCCUACUGCCAUACAAUGCCAACUAGUAGAUUAAACGCUACUGUGUUGUAAUGUCUACAGUACACCGCAUUAGCUAUCUCCUCACUUAUAGGAAUCCUGUGGUUCUUCAUUAAUACUUCUAUGUGGCACACAACCCUGUCCUCAUGAAAUUGUUCUAGUGGCGAAAUAAUACGUCCACCUGCUGGAUAGCAUGGCUCCCCCUGCUGGAGGAAAUAUGUUAGAAACCCAGACAGUCCUCUGUGUGUCAGGACCAAUGAUGUAUGAGGCAGCUCUCCAUUCUCAGAGACUCUUGGUCAUUAUAGCGUUGUAGGCCCAGAUCACAUGAUAUGAGUAUUGGAAGGUGAACUGUUUCUGUCCGUCAUCAUCCUGUUUAGCCUCAGAUGGAUGAGAAGAUCCAACUGGGACCACGGGCCUCACUCAACUGGAUGAAGGGCAGCAGUGGAGGGGCCAAGGCCAGUGACUCCGGUAAGGAGACAUACCGUCUCACACACACACACACACACACACAUUGGUGAUCCAGUUGAAUUAGUUGUAAUUGUGUCCUGGUUGAAUUGUAAUGUCUGCUGCUUCAUCUUGUCUCCCAUCAGAAUUAUCCCGGUCUGGUGGUGGUGGUGCCAGUUUAAACCGGUAUUCUGCACUCCAGUCCACCCCAUCUCAACCCACCAGCCCACCUGCACAGAACCCAGAGUAUGACACUAGAAGAGCCUUGGGCAGGUAAUGAUCAUAUUUUGAAACUUAUAUAAUGGAUUUGGUCUCUGAACUUCUUAUUUCGAAGCAAAACAUUCUGAUUCGCAUUGUGUGUGUGUGUGUGUUUUCUCCUCCCUCAGUCGAAGCAGUGCAGGGAGAGAGCGAAGCGAGAAGCCCCUGAGCUCAGCCCCGUCACGGCCUGGUUCCUUCGUCCGAGGCGUCAGUGCCAAAGAGCUGCUGGAGAGCCCGGCCCUGAGCCCCGAGGAGCCCUGCAGAGAGCUGGAGAGCCCCAGGAGGCCCAGCGUCAGCGAAGACAAGACUGAGCCAGAGCGCUGCAGAGCCAGGGAGCCUGGUGAGGGAACAGAACCCAGUUCUAGAGACAUACACUGACUAAACACACAGUCAGUGGACACACUCACACACACACUCUCUCUAGCAGGGGAGCGCUCUUGUAACAGUGUUGUUUCCCCCUGCAGUGAAAGCAGAGCCUGUGGUGGCCCAUUCUCCAGACAGACCUGCUCUCUCUGAGGAGGAGAUGGAGAGG